GGGAGCCACGAGCCACUGUUACACCUGUGCCAACUAAACUUCCUACAACGAAUUUAAUGCGAAAAACAGAAAUUUUUGAGCACCAAAAUUGAAGUGUACACGUACAGUACCACAUAGUACACACAUAGUACAUGUACUUACACCUAGCCAAAUUUUUCACAAAAAAGAAGCAGGGGCCGCGGACAUACCCCACACUCUGCUCACUAGUGACCAUAGUGACCUGGCGUAUCGUCGUCCAUGGCCCUUGGUCCACACUCACUACCAUUGCAACUACAAUACAAAUAGCGAUACAGUUGGAUACAGCAGCGGCAUCCGCGAUAAUGUGAUUGGUUCGCUCAUGACCUCCAAACGCCGGCGAAUCGGCAGACUCGAAAAAAGGCACAAAAGAAAACCACAGUGUGCUGCUCGCGCAGUGUCAAGAAGCGACAUGGACGAUGAAUCAACAUCCACCACAUCCUCUUCAAUUUUCAGUUACCAGUCUAUAAAACUACCAACGUUAGUACCAGCAACUUCAAGCUUUGACUCUUCAAACAAUAGAGAAAACGUGAUGUUGGUACCAAUAGAGGAAGUUAUAAUUAAACAAGAAGAUUGUCAAGAAUUCAAGUAUGAAGUUGAGGAAGAGUCAAUGGAAGUGCCCGAGGUCGAAAGUAAUCUUUCAUUGGAAAUACCACAACAAUACGAAAACCCAGUAAAACCUUUACCACCACUCAGAGCCAAACGAGUCGUACCGCCACUCACCUCCAACCGAGUCUUACCACCAAAACGUCAUAAAGCCAUUCAAGUUGGCCAACCAUUUUUUGAAUCUCUAAAUUUGAAGAAAAGCCACGACAUCUUACAGUUUUGCCAAGCUAGCCUUAUUAAUACUGAUGAAGAUGAAAUGCCAGUGGAUCAAAAUGAUGAGUGUACCAAUACCAAUGCACAAAGUAGUAGGCCAAGGAGGAGUCAACGGCAGACACAGAAAAUUGCAAUGGUUGCAAUGAAAGAGGUUGCUGUAGAAUAUGUUUGCCGUCUUUGUGAAGAAAAGUCUUACAGCAAGCUUGUGAAAAUAUUUGGCACCCAGGGAAAGCAAUUAAAAUUAGCAGAUAAAAUUCAUUUUCAUUUACCAGUAAAGGUAAGAGCAAAUGAUAAACUUCCCCUUGGACUUUGUCUCUCCUGUGUGCAAGCCUUAAAAGUCUGUGAUGAAAUAUAUCAGAAAAGCCUGACUGCAGAUAGUCAUCUGCGUAAGAUUUUUCUUGAAGAAGACCCAAAUAAGCCCCCUGUUUUGUCUGAUCAAAAGAAAGUUUCAAAGGUUGCACCAAUAAUUAAACCUAAGAAUACAAAAGAGCUCUCAACCAUUGGAUCGGAAGAAAACAAGGAGGCUUCAACUACUGAUAAAAUGAAUACUGAUGCCAGCCGGAAAGAAGCAGAUGAACAAUUGGAUAGGGAUAAUUGUCCAGUUGAUAGUCAAAACUCAGAUUCUUCUGCUUCUACUGAUGAGGAAGAUGAAGGGGAUGAGGUUGAUGAGGAUGAUGAUGAUGAAGAAGCAGACAAGAAUGAUGAUGGUGGUGGUGAUGAUGAUGAUGACGAUGAGAGUGAAGAUGACAGUGAGGAUGAGAGUGAGAGUGAUAUUGAGGAUGAUGUUGACAACAGUAAUCAAGACAAUAAUGAGAAUAAAGAAAAAAGAGUUUUUAAUAUGUUAUGCUACAUUUGUCAAGAUAUACUUCAUGGCAAAGAAGCUCUUCUUGCACAUAGAAACACUCAUUCUGGAGAGGAGAAGGGUCUGAAAUGCCUGGUCUGUGAAGAGCAUAUGCCUGAUGAUGACAGCUAUUUGCGUCACCACAACUUGCAUGGAGGGUAUCCUUGUAUGAGAUGUGGGAAGAUAAUGAAAAGCAAACAUAGUUUACGACAGCAUGUUGAAAGACACAUCAGCCCUACUGUUUAUUGUGAAGUUUGUGGGAAGUCUGUUGCUUCAGUGUACAAACUCAAGUAUCACAUGAUCACACAUACUGAUGAAAGACCUUAUGCUUGCACAAAAUGUGAUUUGAAGUUCAAGACACAAGGAACUCUUCGUCAACACUCAGCAAUACAUAGUGAUAAGCCAUCUCAUAUCUGUGAUAUUUGUGGACAAGCUUAUCAUCGUCAAAGUCAUCUAAGGCAGCACUUAGACAUGCACAAAAGGGGACAAAUUAUGCCAAAUUACUUUAAAAUAACAUGUAAUUUGUGUGAUCUAAAGUUCAAAUUUGAACACCAUUUAUUUAGACACAAGAUAGCUGCUCAUAGUUUACAGCCAACUGAGGAAGACAAGCAGAAAUAUUCUUAUUUGUUCAGAGGGCCUCCUGAUGAUAGCAACAGUACAUUGUGCCAUGAAUGUGGGGAAGACCUUGUGACAAAAGAAGCAUUAAAAUCACAUAGAAAAUCGGUUCAUGGACUGUCAUAUCCAUGUGGGUAUUGUGAACGAGUAUUAAAGAGCAGGCGUGCGUUUGAGUAUCAUGUCAGAGGACACACAGGAGAGCGGCCAUUUGUUUGUCAAGAAUGUGGUGAAGGUUUCAGGUCAGAAACAGAGUUGGGUUAUCAUGAAAAUAAGCACAAAGGUGUGAGACCUCACAAAUGCCAGUUCUGUGACAAAAGUUUUCAAAGAGUCACUACGCUAUACCAACACAGAUUGAUUCAUACAGCAGAAAAGAAACAUGCGUGUACAUAUUGCCCUUACAAGACACAUCGCCCUGCAGCUCUCAAGGUUCACCUUAGAGUGCAUACUGGGGAAAAACCAUUUAAAUGCAAAGAAUGUGGAAAAGCUUACAAGUAUUCCACAGACUUUUCAGCUCACAUGGCUAUGCAUACUGGUGAAGCUCGUCCUCGCAGGGCUAGGCCAAAGCAGAAAAAUAAUGUAGAAUUGGAACUUGCUACAGUAUCCGAACCAUUAGAUAUGCCCUCUUUAAUGUCUCUUUAAUGCACUCUAGAAUAAAACUGCAUGCACUCUAUUUUUUUAAUUCUUAAGAAUUGUACCUAUUCAUAUACCUGCAAUUAUUUUAUCUCAUGCCUUUUCUCUCGAAUUAAGUAAGCUUCUGGGUUUGUGUUUAUUUAAUUCAUGAUCUCAAUCUCAUUCAGUUGCUCUGUAGGUGACAAUUUGACAAGUAUUUUUCUUAAGUAUGAGUAAAUAUACUCAAAACAUUGUUA